AUGUCGUCGACGGUGCUGGAAGUGACGCGGGCGGCACACGAGGAGGUUGAACGGUUGGAGCGGCUGAUAGUGAAGGAGCUCCAGAAUGAGCCCGGCACCAACAAGGAGCGUUUGUAUCAGAGUCACCGUGUGCGAAACAUGAUCGAUACCAUUACCUCCACCACUGAAAAGCUUAUUGGGAUAUACGAAGAUAACGACAAUGCCAGGAAGGACGAGAUUGCUGCACUCGGAGGCCAAACCGCCUCUGGAAUUAACGUUUUCAGUGCCUUUUAUGAUAGACUCAAGGAGAUACGAGAGUAUCAUAGGAAGCACCCAGUUGCACGUGUUGUUGACGCCAAUGAUGAUUAUGAAACGGUUCUCAAAGAAGAACCUCAAAUUGAGUUUAGUGGAGAGGAAGCUCUUGGUCGAUACUUAGAUCUGCAUGAAUUAUAUUAUCAGUAUGUCAAUUCUAAGUUUGGAGAGCCACUUGAGUAUUCUGCAUAUCUUGAUGUUUUCUCAGACACAAAUAAGAUUCCUCGCAAAAUGAAAAUGACCAGACAGUACCGAGAAUAUAUGGUUAAUCUUUUGGAGUAUCUGAUAUACUUUUUCCAGCGUACCGAGCCACUGCAAGAUCUUGAUCGAAUUUUCUCAAAGGUUACAGCUGAAUUUGAAGAAAAUUGGGCUGCUGGAAGGGUACGGGGAUGGGAAAAUGACAAUCAGGAAAAUGGACAUGUACCUGCUGAGACCAUUGAUCUUGAUUAUUAUAGUACUGUUGAAGAGCUGAUAGAAGUGGGUCCUGAAAGGUUAAAGGAGGCUCUGGCUGCAUUAGGGCUUAAGACUGGUGGUACUAUUCAGCAACGGGCGGAGAGGCUCUUCCUCACAAAGCACACACCUCUUGAAAAGUUGGAGAGGAAGCAUUUUGUUAAGGGGACACGUGGUGUAGAAAAGAACAGGGUUGCUCCAGUUCCACAAGAAGAUGGAAAUUCUAAAGAAAUUGCAUUGAUGGAAGCUAAAAUGGAAAAACUGUGUGAUUUGUUGGAGGAGACAAUUGCUCGAACAAAAGACAAUGUUGUAAAGAAACAGGCCCUAACAUAUGAAGAGAUGGAAGCAGAACGUGAGGAGGAAGAGACACAAGAGGACACUGAAAGCGAAGAUGACGAGCAGCAGAUAUAUAAUCCCCUAAAAUUACCAAUGGGGUGGGAUGGAAAACCUAUACCUUAUUGGCUAUAUAAGCUACAUGGUCUGGGUCAGGAAUUUAAGUGUGAGAUAUGUGGGAACUAUAGUUAUUGGGGGCGUCGGGCUUUUGAACGACAUUUUAAAGAAUGGCGCCAUCAACAUGGGAUGCGGUGUCUUGGUAUACCGAAUACCAAGAAUUUCAACGAAAUCACAUCAAUUGAGGAAGCAAAGGAACUUUGGAAGAAGAUACAGCAAAGACAAGGAGUGAACAAGUGGCGCCCAGAUCUAGAGGAAGAGUACGAAGACAAAGAAGGCAACAUCUAUAAUAAGAAAACAUACACUGACUUACAGCGCCAGGGACUGAUUUGAGAAAACAAUUUUGAAGAUUACUGUUUAGUUUCUCACUUGGUAUUGUGUGAAGUGGAAGAAGCAAUUUGCUUUCCACUACUAGGAAGUGGGGAUUGUAGGACAAUUAGCCAUAUUUUAUGGCUUGUAUUUUACUUUAUUGUGAAUUUAUGAUGAUUAUUCUAACCAAGACAGGAGAAGAAACAAAUAUUUCCAUUGAUGUUAAAUAGUAUUUGAAGAUUUUGGGUAUUA